AUGACGGGAAGGAUGGCGCGUUUGAAGAAAGAAACAAGGGAGGGGCAGUCAGCCACCUUAACCAACGGUGCAGCAGGCAGCCCUGUCAGCAACCUUGUCAACUGGAGAAUUGUGAAUUUACAUAAUGCAUUAACUUACUGCCUUCGGCUUCGACGUAGCGUUGUCAAUGUCGGUGGCGUGGUCGGCCUUCUUGACCUUAAGGACGGGGAUGACGUGCUCGACAAUCAUGAUCUUGGGUUCCUCCACAAUCUUCUCCUUAACGACAACCUGAGGCACCUCGACCUCCUUCUCGACGUACUUGAUCUGGGGGACCUCGACGAUUUUGUCCUCGUACACAACGCGGGGCACGUGCUUGAACUUCUCGACGACGACCUCCUUCUUCACGUACACCGGCUUGUACUUGACAACGGGCACAUCGACGUCAACGUACUUGUCGACGUACUGAAUUUCAGGGACCUCGACGAUCUUCUCCUCGAUAAUCUCCUUCUCAACCUCGACGACCUUGGUCUACACAUCAUGUCGAGGCAUGCAUUUGAAGCAAACCUGAGUGACAGGCUCCAACACCUGGUAGUGACCGACGUCGAUGUUGGUAAUGGAGCUGGCGCUGAUACCGGCGUCAAUGAGAACGCGACGGUGGGCCUCAAUGGCGUUCCUGGGGGAUUCGACGGCAACGUUGCCGCGAGAGCAGCAGUCGAAAAGUGA